CGUCGAUGUGAUACUACGUUUGUCGACCGGCGUUAAAAUAUUUUAUCGUUUUGUUCUAUAAAAGUACUAAAUCAUGAAUAGAUCAGUGAAGGACGAGAAUGAAGACAUGGCCGGUCUGUCAGGAUCGGAGCAGUCUCUCGUGGAAGACGAGGACUGGAGGAUCAGCGGCGGCAGCAUUUGGAACCAUCAACAACGGGAGCGGGCAGGAAAGACACCCAAACCUUCCAGGUGUCGCGCCACGACGUGCCAGCUGCAGCAGCUAGUGAAGUUUAUGGAGAAGCAUCCACAACUGGCUGUGUCUCAUGCGAAGCCGUUCCAAGGGAGCGAUGAGUUGUGGAUGCAACUCGCUGAGCAUAUCAACCAGUUUGGGCCACCGAAGACUUACAAGCAAUGUAAAACUACAUGGCGAGACCUCCGAAAGCGCGCAUUUGCACUGCAACGUAGCCGAAACAAAAAGGGCACGGGACGGAAUCUGUACGGGAUGGCGCCCAAGAUCUUCAGCCUCCUCAGCCAGGAUGGCAUAUCGCCUUCAUACUCGUAUGUGAAAGAGGAAGACGAUGAAGGAUCCGCCAGCUCCUCAAGGCAGGUGACUCCACCACCAGCACCAGAAGGUUUACCAGAACCUACAGGAUCAACAGAGGACGCCACGGUUGAGAAGACUAAAGGGGAACAACUCGUCAUCAGGGUGACGGACAAUAAGAACUCCAAACGAAACGUUUUCAACAGAUUCACGAUCAACGAUGGUCACUUCGAAAAUAUCAUCGUCAAGGAAGAGAGGGAGGAAGGUGUAUACCAACCGCAAGAACUGGAGAUUGAACACACAGGACCUGAGGAUAUUGAGCCCGAAGAUCAAGAAGAGAUGUUCCCGCAGCCCGAAACUAUCUUAGGGGGCAUGGAUGAAGUCAUGGAAGAAAAGAAUUCUGUGAUCAGAGACCUCAACGAUACUUUGCGAAAGUUCUUAGUAGAAUACAAAACACGUAACGCUCUGAUGCGUGAACGCAUAGAUCUAGAGAGGGCCCGUCUACAGUUUGACAUGGAAGUUUACAGAAAUAACCAAAUGGAAAAACGAGUUAUAGCAAUUAAUGCUGGAAAUGCUGCUAAUGUUGCAAAUAUCAUGAAUGCUACAAAUGCUGCAAAUGUCAUGAACGCGAAAGCAGCUAAUGUUAUAAAUAAUACGAGUGCUACAAAUGGCAUUAAUUCUAAUUCAGCUGCAACUAAUAACACCAUAACUGUCGGUAAUGUCGGCAAUGGUAAUAAUGUAAAAUUCAUAACAGUCAAUGCAUCCAGUGCUGGAAAUAGUAUCAAUGAAACUUCUAGGAAUAUUGUAAGUGUACCAAGUGUCGAAAAUGUUACAAAUAUGACCACAGUCACGGCUACUAGUCCCAACACAGUCAGUACUAGUAAAGGUAGUCCAAUGAUCACAAUAAACCCUACAAAUACGGUAAACACUGGAAAUGCAGCUAAUAACAAUCGCUCUUCUAACCCCGUCAUGACUCUUAACCCUAUCAACAAUGGAAGCUCUCGAAACGCCGGAAUCUCUGUUCAAGUAAAAAAUAAUAGUGACGAAGAUGCUCCUGAUGAUAAGAAUUCCCUAAAUGAUGCAAAUGAGAAUAACUCUACAAAUACUAAUACAGAAAGUACUGCAAAAAUUGAUGAUAAUGAUGAUGAAGCUAAUGUCAAUACAGAAGAGGCUAUGGAUGAAACGUGGUAGAUUGGAUUAGAUUAUAAUAAUAAUUGAUUAUGAAAGCAAGGCUAUUUGAUAAGUUUUCUUCUGAAUAAUAUGAAUAUUAGUAAUUUUUAAAAUGGUGAAAGACGUUUAAUGAAUUAA